AUGUAUGAUAUAAUGGAUAUAAAUAAAGAGAUGUUAGAAUGUGCUAGAUAUGGAGAAUUAGAAGAAAUAAAGGCAUUACUUAGUGACAGCAGGAUUUUAGUAGAUUUUGAAGAUGAAAAUGGUUGUACAGCCUUACAUAAAUCUAGUGCUAAUGGACAUGAAGAAAUAGUAAAGGAAUUAUUAAAACUUGGUGCAAAUAUAUCUAAACAGAAUAAUUGUGGAAAUACUCCAUUACAUUGGGCUGUAACCAACAAGAAAUUGAGUAUUAUAAAAUUAUUACUUAGUGACAAACGUCAUCCUUCAAAAGGAGGUGGUGAUGUAUUAUUAAAAAAUAAUUUUAAUAGAAGUGCAUUAACAGAAGCAUUUGAUAUAGAUAAUGAUGAAAUAUUAAGAAUUUUAUUAGAACACUCUUCAGCAGAAGUUUUAGAAGAAACAUCAAAUAACAAGAGUGAUAUAUCUGAAACAUAUGAAGACUCUUUUUCCCAACCCAGAAUUAUUCAAAAAAUUAUUCAUAAUUUAGAAUUCUCUAGAUCUAAUAAUUUAAUAAAUAAUUCAAUAAUUAUUAAAUGUAGAGAAUUAGCUAUAGAGAAUAUUAAAAAAGUAUUUGAUAAUAAUCCUGAGAAUGAUACAACUGGUAUACAUAUAUGGUCUAGUUCUAUAGUAGCAAGUUAUUGGAUAGUAAAUAUAAUAGAAAAUAAUAAUAUAUUUAAAAAUAAAAAGAUAUUAGAAUUAGGUUGUGGAUGUGGUCUAAUGGGAUUAUGUACUGCAAUUUAUUCUAGAUUUAUAAGUAAACAAGAUAUAGAUAAACUUAUAUUAACUGAUGUGUCACGAAUAGCCCUAGAAAAUGUUAGAUAUAAUAUAGAAUUAAAUAAUUCUUUAUUGGGGGAAUCAGCUAAGUCAAUUUAUCCUAUGUAUUUAAAUUGGGUUGAUCCAACAACUUGGCCAAUAAUUAAAGAGACAGGAGAAAAGGAAUUAUUUGAUAUAAUUUUAGGUUCUGAUUUAAUAUAUGAUGAACAUAUGGCAGAAAAUAUAGUAUUCCUACUAAGGAAUCUUUUAAAAUUAGGUGGAUCCUUUUUAUAUGUACAUCGCCAUGAUAGACUAGGAGCUAAUAUAUUAAAGGAUAUAUUAGAAAAUUUUGGAUUUAAAUGCAAAGAAAUGAAAGCUCCUAUAGAAUAUACAAAGAAUCCAUUAAGUAAUAUGGAUCAAUCUUUAGCAGAUAAUUUAUUUAGUGAAUUAGCUAGUGGGGAGUUUUAUUUACUAGAAGCAAAGACUAUUCUAGAUAUAUGA